GAUCAAAAUCGUUCGCUUUCUUCUGCCCUAAAAUUGACGAUCUCAAAGCCUCCGCCUUCGGCCCCCGCCUUCGACCUCAGCCGUCUCCAUUCAAGCCUCCGCCUUCGACCUCCGCCCUCUGCCUUCAACCUCCGCCGUCUCCAAGCCUCCGCCUUCGACUUCAGCCGUCUCGAAGGCUCCGCUUUCGACCGACUUCAAGCCUCCGCCUUCAAGCUCGACCGACCAUCAACAGCGACCUACGAAAAUUCUCCUCCUCGGUUUCUUCUAACACUAAGGUUGAUGUGCUCAUUGACUGCAAACAAGACGUAAUGAUGAUUAAACACAUUAUUGGAACUAGGAAGUUGAGAAAUGGAAUCAUAAAUGGGCUUAAUGAGAUAUCACUUGCUUGUCCUCCGAGAGUAAACGAUGGAAUCUUUCAAAAUUGGCUUGCCUGGUCUUCACAAAAGCGGUGGAUGACCAAGAGUAAACGAGUGCAGGACAGAAGCCAGAAUAAGAGAGUGCACGACCUUGAAAUUGCUACAGAACGAUGGAAAGUGAUAUCGAAGGUGUUAGUUAUAAUGGAAGUUCUUAGGAAAGAACCGGAACAAAUCAUACCCUUGAGACGGUUGGAACAAUACAAGCAACAAAUUAAUCUUAGCAAGCCUCACAAGGUUUCUGACUUCAUUAAGAAAUCUCCAAAGCUUUUUGAGCUCUACAGAGACAAGAAAGGAGUUAUAUGGUGUGGGCUGACACAGAAGGCCGAAGAGCUCGUCAAAGAAGAGAAUAGGCUGCUUGAAGCUCAUACAAACAAAGCAGUUGAAUAUGUCACAAGGUUAUUGAUGAUGUCAGUGGAUAAGAGACUUCCAAUGGACAAAGUUGCCCAUUUUAGAAGAGACAUUUGCUUUCCAUUUGAUUUCAGAACUAGAUGGGUUCAUAUGUUCCCCGAAUAUUUUAGAGUUGUUAAAAGGGAUGAUGCUGAGUUCUUGGAGCUUACUUCUUGGAAUCCUUCUUGGGCUGUGACAGAAAUAGAGAAGAGAGCUAUGAUGGGGACUAAUUAUGCGCCUGAGUCUCAUUCACCGGGAAUUCUUUCCCUUCCUUUUCCAAUGAAAUUUCCUUCUAAUUUCAAGAAAAUAUUCAGAAUUGGUGGAAAAAUCGAACAUUUUCAGAAGAGAGCGUAUCUGUCUCCAUAUGCUGAUGCUAGAGAGCUAACUCCUGGCUCGCAAGAAUUUGAUAAGCGGGCAGUUGCAGUUAUGCAUGAGAUAUUGAGCUUUACCAUUGAAAAGAGGCUUGUUACAGAUCAUCUCACACAUUUUCGUAGGGAGUUUGUUAUGCCUCAGAAGCUGAUGAGAAUACUGCUGAAGCACUAUGGCAUUUUCUACGUUUCUGAAAGGGGAAAGAGGUUCAGUGCAUUUUUGACGGAAGCAUAUGAAGGUUCGGAGUUGAUUGAUAAGUCUCCUUUAUAUCUUUGGAAGGAAAAGAUCUUGCGUCUCACUGGUUAUAGAGGAAGGAGGAAAAGAAUUGAGAGUUACAAUGGCAGUUCUGAUGAUGAGGAAGAUAAACUUUUCGACGAUGAUCAUGAUACUAAACCAUCGUUCUUAAAAAUCAAGGAUGAAGAAGAUGUUGAUACACUUGAGGAUGCUUCCCUUGCAGAGGAUUCUGAGAUGGAUAUUGGAGAUGUGUUUGAGGAAUACUAGGAUACGUGAUGCCAUUUAAGGGCGUCCCCCGGAAGCGACACAUUACAUCGAUGUCACCCCUGGUGUAAUGACAAUUCGAUUCAUCAAUGGCAGCCUUUCAGUUAUCUGGAUCCGUAGUCACUGGAAAAGUCCCUUCUUUCAAUGGGCUUCGCCUCUCUAAAACCACAUUUGCCGCCCCCUCAUCAGUUGGAGCUUCUGGGCUCGGCAUCGUACAGAGGUCCUACAGGGGUUUUGUUGUCAAGGCUGCCACUGUUGUUUCCCCCAAGGAGAGAGAAAAACUAUCAAUUCAGAGUUAUGGCAUGCUUGUGCUGGACCUCUUGUGUCUUUGCCUCCAGUUGGCAGCCUUGUGGUCUAUUCCCCUCAAGGUCAUAGUGAACAGGUAGCAGCUUCAAUGCAUAAGGAGAUUGAUAGCGUCCCAAGUUAUCCCUCGUUGCCAUCUAAGCUUAUAUGUGUUCUUGUCAGUGUUACCCUUCAUGCUGAUGCUGAACUGAUGAGGUUUAUGCACAAAUGACUCUUCAACUUGUUAACAAACAUGAUAAGGAGGGAUUACCAGCAUCUGAAAUGGGUCUCAAGCAAAACAAGCAUCCUGCAGAAUUCUUUUGCAAGACACUUACAGCAAGUGAUACGAGUUCUCAUGGUGGAUUUUCAGUACCUCGGCGUGCAGCUGAAAAGAUAUUUCCUCCUUAAGAUUUUACAAUGCAACCGCCUUGUCAAGAAUUAGUAGCGAAAGAUUUGCAUGAUGUUUCAUGGGCAUUUCGACAUAUCUAUCGAGGUCAGCCGAAAAGGCAUUUACUGACUACAGAGACGAUAAAUCACAGCUUCUCCUGGGAAUUAGGCGUGCUAAUAGACAACAGCCUGCUCUAGCAUCAUCGGUGCUAUCUAGUGAUAGCAUGCAUAUUGGAAUCCUUGCUGCGGCUGCUCAUGCUGCUGCAAAUAACAGCCCAUUUACUAUCUUUUAUAACCCGAGGUUCAAAAGCGUGGAUCUGUUGGAAGAUCCAUCGAUGUCACCCGUUACAGAGGCUAUGAUGACCUACGUCAAGUCAAGUCCUAGCUCGCAUGUUUGGAAUUGAAAGGCAACUCCGAAGACCCUCAUAGAACCGAUUGGAAACUAGUGUACGAAGAUCAUGAGAACGAUAUUCUGUUGGUUGGAGAUGACCCUUUGGAGGAGUUUGUGACCUGUGUUCAGAGCAUCAAGAUACUGUCAGCAGCAGAGGUUCAACAGCUGCAUCAUUUCAUUAGCGAAUGAAAUAGAGGUUUCGGGGAGAGGUCUGGAUCACUGUAUUCAAGAUGUUUUGUUGUAACCAUAGAAAUCAGAUAGUGCUAAAUAUAAAACGCUUUAGGUGAAAGUAUAUCAUUAUAUAACUGUAGGCUCUAGUAACACAGGAGAGAGUACUGAUGCUGAGGAGUUCAAAGUUUUUGUUAUAAAGGGAAUGUUUUCUGGUUUACGUGAGCAUUGUUCAUUAAGUUGGGCUCUCAACAUAUAUAUAAAAGGGGUGUUUUCUGAUUUA